AGUGUUUUCACUGCGCAUGUUCAAUACCACAACCGGAAGCGAUUCUCAAUCUUGCAAACAUCCGAAAAUGCAACGGUUAAAGAGUUCUCAGAAAGAUAAAGUGCGGCAGUUUGUCGCCUUCACUCAAACUGGUGAAAAGACUGCCAUCAACUGUUUGUGUGCACAUGAUUGGAGGCUUGAUGUAGCAGUCGACAACUACUUCAUGGCCCCUGAUCGUUAUAGCUCUGCUGAUUCCAGGUCUUCAGUGGACAAACGGAAAAUAGAAUCACUGUGGCAGCAUUAUAAAGAUCCAGGCGAGGAAGACAAAAUGACAGUUGAUGGUGUCAUGCGCUUCCUCGAAGAUUUACAGCUGAACCCUGAGUCCAGAACGGUGUUGAUUCUGGCCUGGAGGUUCAAAGCAAAAACUCAGUGCGAAUUCACUAAAGAAGAGUUUGUCACAGGGAUGUCAGAACUUGGGUGUGAUUCCAUCGACAAAUUACGAGGGAAGUGCAGCACGCUCGAACAGGAUAUCCGAGACCCCAACAACUUUAAGGAUUUCUACCAGUUUACUUUCAAUUAUGCCAAAAACCCAGAGCAGAAAGGCUUAGAUCAAGACAUGGCCAUUGCUUACUGGAAUAUUGUUCUCACGGGAAGAUUCAAAUUUUUAGAUUUGUGGUGCAAAUUCCUACAGGAGAACCACAAGCGAUCGAUCCCCAAGGACACGUGGAACUUGUUGCUUGACUUUUGUAAUAUGAUUAAUGAUGACAUGAGUAAUUACGAUGAAGAAGGAGCGUGGCCUGUUCUAAUCGACGACUUUGUAGAAUAUGCAAAACCCGUGAUAAACAGCCAUCGGAGCACGGUGGUAUAACUAAGGUGGCGAUGGCCGACGCAGCGUUCGUUGUUGUUGUGGUGGUGGUGGUGAGGUGAGGAAACUGGUGAUGAUUUUCGGGGACUCUCGCACCCACCACCAGCCAGCCCUGUGAGGAGAGAGAGACUUUUCUGGGUGGUUUAUAGUUUCUUUUUUCCUCGGAAUGAAAAAAAGUCUUGUCGGAGGUGGUGUGGUGAUUGUUACGUCUCUCCCUUUGUCAGCAGCACCAACUCGGCUUUAUUUAGAAAUUACCUACACCCCCUCCCCCCCCCCCUCCUCUAUUUUGUUUGAUUAGUUAUAUCACAUGGUGUGAAAGCAGGUAGUUUUGUUUUCAUUUUUUAUUAAUUUCUAUAAAAUCAUGUUUUUAAAAAUUAAAGUCAUUUCUGAGUGAGAGACUUCUUCUUCAUCUCCCACCUCACCUUCUGUUCCUGUGAGAUUGCUGCCUGGUGAGGUAUGGCCAUGAUUGUGUCCACCCCCAAAGUGAACUCAACUCAUCUUCGCGUUUUAUGUCCUGAUGUGGGAUUUACAGUAGGUUCUAAAAAAAUGUGGGAGUUUGGGCUUGAGUUUCUAUCAAAUCGACCUCAACCGAGAACUGUUUUUUUGGGAAUUUAUUUAAGAAUAUAUAUAUGUGUAAAGUUUUCAGUAGAAAUUGUUGUGGGUCUGAGCUCAUGACAUGCAAGUUUUCUUGAUUGUCAUGAUGGCUUUAUUUCAUUAUUUCUCUAUAGUUGUGUUUUGUUUUGGGGUUGUUUUUUUCUCGCUUUUAAGGUAGUAUACAAGUA